AUGAAGCGACACGCUGCAAAGACCAAUGGUAUUGCUUUUCACUCACCUCCACACAAAGUCACUCUGGUCUCGAAGAAACUCCAUGCCGACGUGCACGGUCGCCACCAUUUACUUGAUACUGAAGUUCGAUUCACCACGAAGUCUCCAUCCAAGAAGCGCAAGGUCUCUGAAAAUUCCGAACUGCCUGUCUAUGAAGCUGACACCAUCAACGUUGAGGCGGGAGAUGCUGACCGCACGUCGCAGCCUGGGCCCAGCAAGGGCGACGUCAAAUGCAAGGAGAAGAAUGGGGUCUCGUGGGUCAUGGCUGAAUGGACGCCCCACUUUCCGGAGCUUCUCGCGGACAUUCUAUUUGCGGAGGUGCAUCCUGAGAUUCCAGGCCAUGCAGCCACACAGAAGAAUUUAUCCACGCUGGAUUUUAACUACAUCAACCCGACCGCUCUUCCAGAGCAGUACCGCGAGCACCUCCCAUCCCAAGCGGAGUGGAGCACAGAACGAAACGCACAUUUCAUAGGAGGAAGGCCUGUAUUCAUCAGGCCAGACAAUCACAACUUCGACUACUCCCCAGAGGAAUUUGAAAGGACACUUCCCCAUAAUCUUGGUGGAAUAGUGCUCCAGCACAUCGCAGACAGCGGUAUAACGACCUCCUAUCCAGGAGAAAGACCAGACGCCCCUUGGAACCCCCCUGCCCAGAAUCCUGUACCCCAACCGACUCUUGCACCAAUCGUACCCGAUUACAUACCACCGAUGGCUACAGUUACCAUGGAUGAAGGACGUCACCAUGCUAGCCAGAAGGAACUUGGUUUUAGAAAACCCGAGAUCUUCAACGGUUCAGACCGUUCGAAGCUUAGGGAAUUUAUAAACCAAUGCAAGAACUACAUGGCCGGAAAUAGCCAUGUCUACCAGGAGGACAAUCAGAAGAUCGCAUUCGUGCUAUCGCACAUGCAAGGAGGAACAGCAGGAUCAUGGGCACAGAGCUUCAUAGAAACGGAACUCACCAAUGAUGACUUCCUUUCUUAUGGGAGUUGGAGAGACUUCAUUGCAAGUGUGAACAAAGCAUUUGGCGAUGAAAAUAUUGAAGAAACCGCUCGUACCUUGCUGCGUAACAUUAAGCAAGGAACUCGUACUGCGGACGACUACAUUGCCGAAUUCCGAUCGCUUGAAUCCAAGGCGAAACUAGAAGAUGCCGGAAAUAUCGAGUAUUUCAAGUGGGGACUUAACGACCCACUCCGACAAAGGAUAUAUGGGAUGGAAAGCAUGCCCAAGACACUUGACAAGUGGUACGAAUACGCCUCGCGGUUUGAUAACCAAUGGAGAUCUGCUCAGAUCUUCAAGCGAGGAGCCACUACGACGACGCGAGGAAAGGGCCGAUCUGUCCAUCGUCCCUACUACUCGGCUUCUGCAAAGGAUCCAAACGCGAUGGAUGUUGAUUGUGUCAAUAUCUCGCGCUUAUCCCCAGACGAGCGACAGAAGAGAAUGAAAGAAGGAUUAUGUUUCCUAUGCGGAAAGAAGGGCCAUAUAGCCAACGACAGACAAUUUCACCCCCAGUCUGGAAGUUUCACCCGUGCUAGAACGAUACAGCCCGGGUUAGACACAGACACGAUCACAUGGAUCAAGAAGAUGCGAGAAGACCUCGCACAGAAGAAGGAGACGUCGAAGGAAGAAACCAGAGAGGAACAGAUCGCCUAUGUGCGAAACGUCUUCAACGACAUGACUGACGAAGAACGAACCCAAUUGGAUGGCACACCAAAUCAAAUGGGUACCAUUACUCAUUGCACCUGGAAGAUGAUGAAAAUCGGAGGAAGGAAGACGCUUACUCGCUUCCUCUUGACCGGCAUUGGCAAAGAAAACAUACUUCUCGGCAUGCCGUGGCUUAAACGCCUCAAUCCGAUGAUCAACUGGGAAACCGGUGACUUUUGGUUUGGUAAAGAGGCCAAAUGGCCACCGAAACCCACCGUCGAAGAUGCACCAGAUAAAGAAGUUUCGAUUUUCAAGGAAGAUGGACUCCCAGAGCUAAUCACCACCGAAACUUCCCCUACCUCGUUUGGGCAUUCGGAAUCUAUCAGAGAAAUCAUGACCGAUAACACUGAGCGUGGCGAGUUACCCGCAGUGCGGAAUGAUACCGAACUAGAUGACCUACCAUCAGAAUCCUCUAUGGAUCAGCUCGAUGACGACGAUCUAGUUAUAUCCUAUAUCGCAGGAGAGCCAGUCAUUGGGAUAUUUGAACCCAUCAGGAAGGAGUCACCUUUGACGAAUGAAGAGACUGAAACCGCAGUCUUCACCAUACGGAGAGGCCCCGCCAUUGGAAGAAUGACACACAGUACUCGAUCCCCAUUAUUCUGUAACGCACAGAAUACGGUCUUUUACAAACCAUCCGGUAAAUCACAAGAAUUGGCACAACAGGCACACAAAGAAGCAUCAGCUGUAGACAAACCCAAAACCGUCGAGGAGUUGGUCCCCAACUACCUCCACGAUUUGAAGUCCGUCUUUGAAAAGAAAGCAGCUGAACGCUUUCCAGAAACCAGGCCUUGGGACCACGCCAUUGACUUGAAACCCGAUUUUAUUCCACGCGACUGUAAAGUCUAUCCGUUAUCGCUCAAAGAACAAGGAGCGAUGGAUGACUUCCUGGAAGAAAAUCUGCGAAAAGGAUACAUCCGACCGUCGAAAUCUCCCAUGGCUUCACCAUUUUUCUUCGUAGGAAAGAAAGACGGAGCACUACGUCCUUGUCAGGAUUACCGAUACCUGAAUGAAGGGACGGUGAAGAACGCCUAUCCUCUCCCGCUCAUCUCUGACCUUAUGGAUCAAUUCAAAGGCGCAUCAAUCUUUACGAAAAUGGAUUUACGCUCCGGAUAUAACAAUGUCAGAAUCAAAGAUGGUGACCAAUGGAAGGGCACAUUUAAGACAAAUCGCGGACUUUUUGAACCUAUGGUCAUGUUCUUUGGACUCUGCAACUCCCCGGCGACUUUCCAAAUGAUGAUGAACGCACUCUUCAAGGACAUGAUCGACGAGGGAUGGAUAGUCAUUUACAUGGAUGAUAUUCUCAUCUUCUCAAACGAUUUGGAAGAACAUCACGUUCGAACCCGACGCAUACUCCAACGACUCAAAGACAACGACUUAUUCCUUAAACCGGAAAAGUGUUUCUUUGACGUUAAAGAAGUCGAAUUCCUAGACAUGAUCAUUCGAGAAAACUACAUUGGCAUGGACCCUAUCAAACUUAAAGGAAUUGCGGAAUGGCCUGAACCAAGCACGGUAAAAGGUGUUCGCUCUUUCCUAGGGUUUGGAAACUUCUAUCGGAAGUUUAUUGCCAACUUCUCGGAUAUUGCCAAACCAUUGACGAAUCUUACGCGCACUGCCGCUGGAUCUCCACCUUUUGAAUGGACAACAGAAUGUCAGACAGCUUUCGACACAUUGAAGCAACGAUUUAGUACCGCCCCAGUACUGUUACUGCCUGACAAGGCAAAACCAUUUAUUGUUGAAUCCGACGCUUCCAAGUUUGCUACGGGUGCAGUUUUACGCCAAGCCGAUAUCAAUGGAGAACUCCAUCCUUGUGCCUACAUUUCACAGACGCUCAAUCCAGCUGAACGGAACUACGAAAUCUACGACCGCGAACUCCUCGGAAUUAUUCGAGCCCUCACUGAAUGGCGCCAUUAUCUUGAAGGCUCUCCCCAUCCCGUCGAAGUUCGCAGUGAUCACAAGAACCUCACGUACUUCCGUACAGCUCAGAAUUUAAACUGCCGACAGGCACAAUGGAGUCUCAAAUUAUCACAAUUUGAUCUUCACCUCAUCCAUGUCCCUGGCACUCAGAUGAUCCAAUCUGAUGCGCUCUCUCGUCGUAAUGGACUCGAUGACAGUGAAAGUGACAACGAAGAUCGCAUUCUUUUACCCAACGCACUAUUCGUGCGAUCCAUUUCCCCGACUCUAUUUGACGAAAUCAGGAAUCACGCAGCAAAAGACCUCGUUGUUCACGAAGCCCUCGAAGCGAUUGCACACAAAGGGCCAUUCCCCAUGAAAUCAUCGCUUUCCGACUGGGAAGUUCGCGAUGGUGUCAUCCUCUACAAGGGAAAGAUUUACGUCCCACCAUCCGAAACUCUUCGUCGUGAUCUCGUUCGACUACAUCACGACUCCCCUGCCAUGGGUCACCCUGGAAAGUUCAAUACUCUUGAACUGUUACGUCGUGAAUUCUGGUGGCCUGGCAUGUAUACAUUUGUCUACAAUUAUGUUGAAGGCUGUGCCGCCUGUCAACAAAUGAAACCGAAUACUCAUCCAACUCGUAUUCCUUUGGAACCAAUUCCCGCCGACCCACACGCAUUACCAUUUUCCUGUUGCACCACCGAUUUUAUUACCGACCUCCCCGUUUCCAACGGUUUUGAUUCAAUUAUGGUCGUAGUAGACCAUGACCUUACGAAGGGGGUGAUUCUUACGCCCUGCCUCAAAACGAUCACAGCCGAAGGAACGGCCAAGAUUUUUCAUGACAAAGUAUACUCGCGAUUUGGAUUACCCGACCGAAUCAUCUCGGAUAGAGGACCUCAAUACGCAUCCAAGGUCUUCCAAGAGUUAAAUCGACUACUCCAGAUCAGAUCAUCAAUGAGCACAGCUUAUCACCCUCAGACGGACGGAGAAACAGAGCGAGUCAACCAGGAGCUGGAAAUCUAUCUUCGACUCUAUUGCGGAAACAACCCUGAAACAUGGGCCGACCGCCUGCCAGACCUCGAGUUUUGUCAUAACACAAGGGAACACUCGGCACGGAAGAUGAGCCCAUUCCGCAUCAUGAUGGGAUAUGAACCACGGGGACUCCCUUCCGUAUUUCCGACCACGAACAUUCCAUCGGUUGAAUCCAGGCUUGACAUGUUGCAGAAGAUAAGACUAGAAGCGCUAGCCAUGCACGAGUUAGCCCGACAACAGAUGGCGGACCGAGUCAGACAAGGAUCACCGAAGUUUACACUAGGACAGAAGGUCUGGCUAGACUCGAGGAACCUGAAGGUCAAUUACGCCUCGCGCAAGAUAGCACCAAAGCGUGAGGGGCCAUUCGAAAUUGUCGAAGUCAUUGGACCAGCCAAUUAUCGUCUCAAACUCCCGAAGACCUGGCGAGUUCAUUCCGUAUUCCACGCUGCCCUUCUAUCUCCUUAUCGCGAAAACGACAUACAUGGUCCGAAUUAUGUGAACCCACCACCUGAUGUCGUUGAUAACGAAGAAGAGUACGAAGUUGAAGCCAUCCUGAAUCACAAGACGUACCGAGGUCAUCUGAGGUACUUAGUCAAGUGGAAGGGAUAUUCUUCAGCAGAAAACUCGUGGGAACCUACCCACAAUUUACAGAAUGCCAAGCGAAUCCUCGAUGCAUAUAAAAGGACCAGGGGAAUCCAGUAG